AGAAUAAUAAAACCAAACGUUUACAUGAAUAUACCGCGAUCUUAACGAUGUCGUUUCUGAAAAUGAAAAACCACGCACUAUACCCUUAUUUUUGUAGUAUUUGGUAUAAAGCGAUACUGAAACAUGGGCACUUAUUAAAAGAAGACGUCACGUCGUUCCGCUCCGUGAAUGAAUGUCCUUCCAAACCAGGAAACAUUCAGCUUUCGCAGCAUAUUUAACUUUUUCGUUACUGUGACAGUAGAUGGGUGGAGUUUACUGACAUUUAUGAUCACUUUCGUCUUGCUUCGCAACAUGGGCUUAACUAUUAAAUGCUAAAAUGAGAUUUUUAUAGCAAGAAAUAUGCGAACGAUAUAGUAGCUUUAGCGCAUUGUACACAGUUUUGAGUCACUAAAACAGUUUCUUUAGCAAGUUACUUAAUCGUUCAUUGUCGAGACAGGUGCGGUAUGGAAAAGUUAGGGGCAUUCAGAUGUAUGUGAGGUAGUAGAUGUCUUAUUUAUCAUCGAUUUGUGUUGAUUUUUUUGCUUAAAAAACAUUGAAGGGUUGCAGUUCUUUAGUUUUAACGUCGGAAAUGUGCGAGGACAUUAACAAAGGAAGCCUGGAUGCAGAAGAGCCUUACUUUAAGCAUGUUACCGGCGUUAAUAAGGGUCCCCCCCCGGUUAGCGUCAUGAUCGCGACCGCGCUGUAUGUCGCCGAGCUGGUCAACGCCGCGGUUCUCUGCAAAAUGUACAGCGACACCAACGACCGGUUCUGGAUGGGCUUCACCAUCACCUUCAUGCUGGUGCCGUCUCUUGUGACACAGUUAACACUCACUUUCAUCCAUCGAGACUUGGAAAGCGACCGUCCACUGGUUUUGUGUUUGCAUCUCCUCCUAUUGGGACCGCUUAUCAGGUGUAUUGAGGCCUUAGUGAUAUACUUCCAGGCGGGCGAAACUGAGGAGCCGUAUGUCACCAUUUCCAGGAAGAUCAAGCUGACGGGAAGACAGACCACGCCCACGGAGAGGGAGAUCAGCCAAUCAGAGCGCAAGCUGGCGACCUAUCGCAAUGCUGCCAAACGCUCCGCCAUCAUCCAGGCGUUCCUGGGCUCGGCACCACAGCUGAUGCUGCAGCUGUACGUCAGUAUCCAGGAGAAGUCCAUGCUCCCUGCCCGAGUGUCCCUCAUCACCAUAAAUCUCCUCUCCAUCACCUUUGGCACCCUGGUCUGCAAUGUCUUAGCCAUAGAGAUCAAAUACGACGACUAUAAAAUCCGCCUGCAGCCUCGUGCCUACGUCUGCAUGGUGCUGUGGCGGGGGCUGGAGAUCGCCACCCGCACCAUAGCACUGGUGCUCUUUAGCACGGCACUGAAGUUCUGGGUGAUGCCCAUUGGAUUCUGCAACCUGCUAAUCUUCUUCACCCUUCCUUGGGUGCUGUUCUGGAAGAAGAGGGCAUCGCUUCCUGACUCACUGGAGAAAAACCUCAGCAAGUUCGGCACCAUAGUUGCACUCUGCCUGAUUACGUUCCUCUACGCUUGCAUCAACACUUUCUGCUACUCGGCAAUCCAGCUGGACCUGGCCCAUCGGGACCUGAUCGAAAAGCGCAUGAGCUGGGUCCAGAUCGCCACGUAUUACAGCCUCCGCUUUGCGGAGAACACCUUCCUGGUCGUCAUGUGGUAUUUUUUCAAGUCGGACUUCUACGAGUACAUUUGCGCACCGAUGCUUGUGCUCCAGCUGGUGGUUUGCUACAUCUUGGCUGUGACUUUCAUGAUGGUCUUCUACCAGUACUGUCAUCCCUGUCGCCACCUCUUCAGUCACAACGUGGCUGACUGCCUUCGCUGCGCCUGCUGUCAAAGAGAGACCGGGCCAGCAGUGCCCGUUGACGUCAUCGUUUCUGAUCAUGUGACGGAGGAUGACAGACCAUGCCUGUUUGGGAACCGCCGGUACACCAAGACGUGCUCAACUGUUGGCAUUUUUCCGCUGCUACCUGCAGUCCGAGUCCCGUGAGAGCCAUUCCACUUUGUAGGAAGGGUCGGUGUUUUUAACUUUUGUACAUUAUUUACAUUUUCCACAUGGACUCCCACAACUUGCAGGCUAAUGUCACAUAAAUGGCCAAAUUAUAUGACUGUCUGUUAUUCAGCGCAUUAAAAUAUGACCAUGCCUCUGAAUUUCUGAAACAUUUGUUGUUUAAUUGCUUAUCAAUGUUUAUAGACAGCAACAUUGUUCAAUGUAAUGUUGCAAAAAUGCACUACGUAAAUAAAAAUGAAUAUACUAAUUAA